GGUUUUCUGAAGUAUGCCUGUCAGAGCCUUUCCUUCCAUCGGUUCACUGCUGUUCAGACAGCUUUUUGAGAGUGUUUCUUGCACAUAUAGCUAUAUUCUUGCUGACCGGGCUUCCAGACAGGCUGUUAUAAUCGAUCCUGUGUUGGAGACUGUGGAGCGAGACGCCAAGUUGCUCUCAGAAUUAGACCUGAAACUUGGACCGAUUAUCAACACCCAUAUGCACGCAGACCAUGUCACUGGAAGUGGUCUCCUUAAAAAGCGCUUCCCAGGCAGCCACAGCGUGCUUGGUGUGUACGAUGGCGUGUUAGCAGAUCGUAUGGUCAAACACGGGGAUCUUAUAAAGUUUGGACAAUUUGAGCUUGAAUGUCGAAGCACACCAGGUCAUACUAACGGAUGCACAACCUUGGUCCUACAUUCUUGCGGAAUGGCGUUCACUGGUGAUACGCUCCUUAUUCGGGGUUGUGGUCGCACCGAUUUCCAAUCUGGAUCCGCAGAACAGUUGUACGAUUCCGUGCAUUCGCAGAUUUUCACCCUUCCGGAUGAUUAUUUGCUCUAUCCUGCUCACAACUACUCCGGCAUAAUGGUUACUUCAGUUUAUGAAGAAAAGAAAUAUAACCCCAGGUUAACAAAGCCGAAAUCGACUUUUGUUGAUUUAAUGAAUUCGCUCAAGCUAGAUCCUCCGAAACAGUUUGAUCGAGCCAUGCGUUUGAACAAGGUUUGCGGUAUUGAGAAUUAGCCUUGUGUUCAUUCUACUCUGUUCACGUGCCCUGUGGUACGACUUCUACGUUUACGGGGAACUUACUUCAUUUUGCCAUCUCCAUUCGUGCCACAGGUUAUCAGUUGCUCUUCCCUGUUCUCUAGACAAGGCGUUGCUUUGGGGAUCAGCCUCCGUGACUGCUUCCCAGCUCUCGAUUUUCUUCUUUAUCGACUCUUCGAUUGCCUAUGAAUACUCCUAUUCCCCAUCGCUUUUGAUACCAUUUCACUUUUUAAACCUAACAGAUCAUUGUCAUUCCAACUGUGCCUAACUGCGGCUCACGAUAUUUUCUGUCCACUCGGGCGCAGCUGCUUUUGUUACUAACUUAAAGAUAUGUCAUCAAUAUUUUC